AUGUGUAACUUAAUUUUUGUAUUAUAUAACUUGUUUUGCUUGGCUUCGACAAAAUAUUUAGUAGAAUCUUACGUAAUAGGCACUCCCGUUAAGUAUCGCCAGAACUCUUUAGGGCCCAUAAAUUACAGGUACAUUAUGGAGCGGCGCAACCCCAAGAACGUAAUUUCCUUCAGAGCGGGGAAAGUUAAGCUCAUAAAAGGCCUCAAGGAGCAACUGAGGGACACGAAGGCGCUCUUCCAGUUCCGUUUAUUCCGUAUGACCCACCCCAUCCGUCAGUACAUAAAAGACAACCUUCUUAAGGAUAUAGAGCCUCUGGAGGACGGUAGGGCGCCCUUUAAGCUUCAGGUGGUCAAGAACUCACUCAUGCGAAUAGCGCUCAGCGGAACCGAGUACGAGAUUUUUACGCCGAAGGUGGAGAAGACGAACCUGUACAUCUUUAUCUACGACGACUCCAUAGUCCCGAGGCUGAUGUCGCUGAUCAACGGGUUCAGGAAGGCGUCGAAGCUGGUAAAGUGGCGUUUCGAGCCCUCGUUUGGCUGUUUCUGCGGCCGCAUUGUCAACUCGCUGCAGAUGAGGUCGCUCAGCUCCCUGAUAACCAAGAAGGAGCUAAUCGCAAGAAUGUUGCCAAUACUGCGCGUCCAGCCCGUCAGGCUCGCAAACUCUCUGAACGUGUCGUCGAGACUGCUGAAUUCGAUCAGUUACACACUCCACAGAUUGAAUUCGACCCUGAAGCAAAUCAAGCGACCUAAUGUGCUAUGA